UGGUACUUUCCUAAGAAGAAUCGUUUCCCUCCAUUGCCUCUCUCUCUCCAGCGAGCAUUGACGGGCAGCAGAGAAAGCGAAGAGCCAGUGUAUAUUCUCUAGCUCGCUCCUUCUCCAAAAAAAAAAAAAAGAAACUAUCUGGGUACGAUUUCUUCUCAUCUUCUUUUACGCGAUUAUUAGGGUUGUUGGUUCAAUCAAAAGAUGGAGAAAAUGUCAGGUGGAUCUCCACCCCCACCUCCUCCACUGUCAGUACCAGCAAACAUGAACCCAGAAUUGGUUGAAGUUCCCCGGCAUCCAGAACGACCAGCCAUUCCCAAAUAUUCUAUGAUCAGUAGGCGUGGGGUUGGGACUAGUGGGCGUCACAUAUCUUUGCUCACCAACCACUUUAAAGUUUCUGUCAAUGUUCCAGAUGCAGUAUUUUACCAGUAUAGUGUUUCCAUCACCUCAGAAGAUAAUAGAGCUGUUGAAAGCAAGGGAAUUGGGAGGAAACUGAUCGAUAGGCUUUACCAAACUUAUUCCUCAGAAUUUGCUGGUAAAAGAUUUGCUUAUGAUGGGGAGAAAAGUUUGUACACUGUGGGCCCUCUUCCACAGAACAAGUCGGAGUUCACAGUGGUGCUUGAGGAAUCUUUUGCAAAACAUGAAAGUGGGAGCCCUGGUGGUGGUGAGAGCCCUCCUGCAGCUGUUAAGCGAUCAAAGCGCUCUUAUCGGUCAAAGACUUUUAAGGUAGAAAUAAGCUAUGCUGCUAAAAUCCCCUUGAAGUCAAUAGCCCUUGCCCUCAAAGGAAUUGAGAUAGACAAUAGCACUCAGGAUGCACUCAGAGUGCUGGAUAUUAUCUUAAGGCAGCAAGCAGCUAACAGGGGGUGCCUUUUGGUUAGGCAGUCGUUCUUUCAUGAUGAUUCAAGGAACUUCAAUGAUGUGGGAGGUGGUGUAACUGGUGUUAAGGGUUUCCAUUCUAGCUUCCGUACCACUCAGGGUGGCUUGUCUCUUAACAUGGAUGUGUCCACUACAAUGAUCCUAACUCCUGGGCCAGUAAUUGAUUUUCUGAUAGUUAAUCAAAAUGUCCGGGAACCUCGCUAUGUUGAUUGGGUGAAGGCCAAAAGGAUGUUGAAAAAUUUGAGGGUGAAGACGAAGCAUAACAACAUGGAGUUUAAAAUAAUUGGUCUGACUGAGAAGCCAUGCAAUCAACAAUAUUUUCCUAUGAAACUGAAAAACAGGGACGGAGCUAAUGUUGAAGCACAGAUUGUUGAAGUUACUGUAUAUGAGUAUUUCACUAAACACUGUGGCGUACAACUUGGUUAUUCUGCAUACCUACCCUGCCUUGAUGUUGGCAAACCAAAACGUCCAAACUACCUGCCACUGGAGCUUUGUUCACUUAUUUCACUUCAACGGUAUAAAAAAGCUUUAUCUUCAAUGCAAAGAGCAUCUUUGGUUGAAAAAUCACGACAAAAGCCUCAGGAAAGAAUAAAAACUGUGACUGAAGCCAUGAGAAGCUACUGUUAUGAUGAGGAUCCCGUGCUUUCUUCAUGUGGUAUUUCUAUAGAAAAACAAAUGACCCAGGUUGAUGGCCGCAUCCUUGAAACCCCAAAGUUGAAGGUUGGUAAUAGUGAGGAUUGUAUCCCACGAAAUGGGAGAUGGAACUUUAACAAUAAGACACUUUUAAACCCCACCAGCAUCAGUAAGUGGGCCAUUGUCAACUUUUCUGCUCGCUGUGAUAUUAGUCACAUCUCCCGUGAGCUUAUCAACUGUGGAAGGAGAAAGGGCAUUAAUAUUGAGCGCCCACAUACAUUAAUCGAAGAGGACCAACAAUCUAGAAGAGGCAGCCCUCUUGCUAGAGUUGAAAGGAUGUUUGAGCUGAUCAGAGAGAAGCUUCCAGGGCCUCCUGAAUUUAUUCUUUGUGUAUUGGCAGAGAGGAAAAACUCAGAUAUUUAUGGACCGUGGAAGAAGACAAGUCUCAGUGAUUUUGGCAUUGUUACACAGUGCAUAUCCCCGACUAAGAUUAAUGACCAGUAUCUUACAAAUGUGCUUCUUAAGAUCAAUUCUAAGCUAGGAGGAAUAAAUUCUCUGUUGGCAAUUGAGCACUCCUCACAUAUUCCAUUGAUAAUGGAUACUCCUACAAUGAUUCUGGGCAUGGAUGUCUCUCAUGGCUCUCCAGGUCGAUCAGACAUGCCAUCAGUGGCUGCGGUUGUUGGAUCUCGAUGUUGGCCACUGAUUUCUAGGUACAGAGCAUCUGUAAGAACGCAAUCUCCUAAGGUGGAGAUGAUUGAUGCUUUGUACAAGCCUUUAGCAAAUGGGAAUGAUGAUGGUAUAAUAAGGGAACUGCUCGUGGAUUUCUUUCAAACAAGCAAGGGGCACAAACCAAAACAAAUUAUUGUGUUCAGGGAUGGUGUCAGCGAGUCACAAUUCAAUCAGGUGCUGAACAUUGAGCUGGAGCAAAUUAUCAAGGCCUAUCAACAUCUUGGUGAGGUUGACAUACCAAAGUUCACAGUAAUUGUGGCUCAGAAGAAUCACCACACAAAGCUUUUUCAAGCUGGUGGUGGCACUGAAAAUGUUCCUCCUGGGACAGUUGUUGACACAAAGAUUGUUCAUCCUAGAAACUAUGAUUUCUACAUGUGUGCUCAUGCAGGCAUGAUUGGAACUUCAAGGCCAGCACACUAUCAUGUCUUGCUCGAUGAGAUUGGUUUCUCUCCAGAUGACUUGCUAAAUCUUAUCCACUCUCUUUCAUAUGUGUAUCAAAGGAGUACCACAGCUAUUUCGAUUGUGGCUCCCAUAUGUUAUGCUCACCUGGCUGCAGCACAGAUAGGGCAGUUUAUGAAGUUUGAGGAUUUUUCUGAAACCUCUUCGGGACAGAGAAGCAUGACAUCAGUUGGAAGCACCCCUGUUCCGGAGCUCCCCAGGUUACACAAAAAUGUUGAGGGUUCAAUGUUCUUCUGCUGAGGUGCUGCUGAAAGGUUGUUGUAAAUACUGUUAUCUUGCUUAGCUUUCCUACAAUGUAGAUACUCGGCCGAUAGGAAUGUGAUUCACUUAGACAAACCCUAGUGAUUUUGGUAGGGUGGAGAAAUAGGUGUAAGAUUCAACAAGCAAGCUUCCAAUCUCUUGCAGAUAGUAGGUAGUGAUACUAGUCAGUCCAACACUUCAAUGAGUUGACAUUUUAUAGUUUGAUCCGCCUCAGUUUCCUGACUGGUAAUUGUGCUUCGGUCCCUGGCACUGGCCUUGGAAAUUUUGUUGAUGAUCCUGAUCAAAGAACUACUUGUAUCGCAUGACCAUUUUUUAAGAGAAUUGUUCUUUCAAA